CGCGCGGCUGCGGUGCCGGAUGGGCAGCAAUGGCCAUAAACACAAGGAGUUCCACCUCAACAGGAGGGAGACCUUCUUUCCCCUGAGGGUGGCAGAGCCCUGAGCAGCUGCCCGGGGAGGCCGUGGAGUCUCCUCUCCGGAGACGUUCAAACCCCCCUGGACGUGUCCCCGUGUCCCUGCUCCAGGUGACCCUGCCUGGGCAGGGGGUGGGACUGGGGGAUCUCCAGAGGGCCCGUCCUGGGCCCAACCCUGACUCUUCUGGGAUUCUGUGAAAAUUAGAGGACUAUUUUAAAUGCCAGGUUCACUUAAUGAUGUAAAUGAAAAGUUGAGAUUGAUUUCCAUGUAUUAAACUGUUGAAGGCCAGCUGCAGCGUUCAGCAUGGCAAUUUUGGUGUGCCCGGUAAGGCAGGCUAAAGGAUGGUAACACUGGAACAGUUAAGGACUGCUUAACUUCUUAACCUGUAGGCUUUAAUGUUUUCUUCUCUGCUGUUCAUCUUGGUUGAACCUUGGCUUGGUACCUUACAGGGUCAUUCAUUCAGUAUCUUUUUUUUUUCUUGAAGACACGUCAGAGGAUUACAGACGGAAAAUGCAAAGCCAAGAAAAGCCUUCUAAGUAUUACAGAAUAAGGAAAUAUGGCUCGAAUGGAGUUUCCUGUGCUGUGUAAAUGCUGUGAAGUUUUGUAAUGGCAGAAGCUAGGUCUUCAGGAAUCAAAAGAUCCCAAAUAAGUUUGUCACUCAGUAAAAGUAAGAAGAAAAAAGGAACACCAUCUAUACCUUCAGCAUCCUCCUCUAUUACUUCCUUUUUUAACAAUGUUCCCCCUGCCAAAAUUAGCUGUCCCAUGUGUGGGCAAUUGGUGCCAAGGUAUGGAAUAAAUGAGCACAUGGAUGAAACAUGUCAGAAAAACCGUGGUGAGAUUGGUGCCAUUGGUGCUACGCUGGACCCUCUGAAGAAUAAGAGUCCCUCAGCUGCAAAUGUAACCAAUAAUUCCAGCUCAUACUUUUCAAAAAACAUCUUAAAUCUAGAAACAAGUCCCUCCAAAAGCAAUUCACUGAAAGCAGAAGGUAGUGCAGCACAACAGAUUAGUCCUUAUUUUAGCAAUAAUAGCUCAGUCAUUAGUGUUAACAAUGAAUCACAGGCUCAAACAGUCAAAAUAGUCUCUUUGGGAAGCUUGUCAUCGAAACUGUCCAGAAGACGUUGUGCCCAGGGAGGAAAACAGGUCGUGUAUAAAGAGAUUGACUCUUCACCUCCGGCUGUUCACAGUCUGUGCAGAAAUGCUGCAGCACAGGAGGAUGAUGAUGAUGAUAUUUAUGCUGGCCAUAGUUCUCAGAAAGAAAAUCAACUUGCGCAGACAGAGCACGAGGAACAAAAUUUUUCAAAGAGGAAACCUGAAUUUCAAAAAGAAAGAAACCAAUGUAAUCAAGAAGACCUUGUGGAUAUAGUUCAGGUAUCUUUACCAGCUGAUAACAAUGACAAAGGAUUCCAAAGUUGUACAAGGAACACCAAAACUGAAAGCAGGUCUGAAGGUGUGACACUUAGUCCUGAUAAAUUUGAAACACCUCCAGCCAUUUAUACUUCACCAGAGCUGACCAGUAAUUUGGAAGUCAAGACUCAGCCUCACACCCAGGUUAUUCCUUCUUCCAAGACAGAAGUGGACUGUGAUACACAAAAUUGCUGUAGCGAGGGUGAUGCACAGAUACUUCCUGUGGAAGUUCUUGAAGAUUUUAAGGAUGAGAUGAAUUAUACUAUGUUGGAAACUGUGGGAAAAGAAGAAUUUCAGAAUUCCACUGGGGACGUUUUAGACAAAUUAGAUAAGGUUCCCUCUGUGCCCAGCUCUCCUGGUCACCCAUACUACCUCCAGAAUUUUUUACUAGUGCUUCAAGCAGUCUUAGAGAAUGAAGAUGACGUCAGACUGUUUGAUGAGCAAGAUAUGAACAUUAUAACCAAGUUCUACAAAUUAUCAGUUGGUGGGCAGAAGUUAUAUGUGAGACUUUUUCAACGCAAGCUGAACUGGUUAAAGGUGAACAAAAUAGAGUAUGGAGAGAUAAGUGUGGAUUUGUCACCAAUGAUUAAAGAACUGGCUGAAGCCAGAUUUCUGCAAACAGAAUCUGAACUGGAAGACCUGUGUGAAGGUUUGGAUUUGCUUUCAGCCCCUGAGCUAAAAGCGUUGGCAAAGAUCUUUCACUUGCCAAACCCAAAUGCUCAGAAACAGCAACUUGUGGAUGAUUUUCUGAGGUUGGCAAAACAGCGUUCAGUCUUCAGCAGGAGUCAGGCUGGUGUUGGGACAGUGAUCUUAAAAAGGGUGAAGGAGCUGGCUGGAAAGUGUGUGAGGGUGUGUAAAGGCCCUCGGGCCGUGUUCUCCCGGGUCCUGCUGCUGUUCUCGCUGCCGGAGGGGGUGGAGGAGGAGGAGGCGGGGAGUGCUGGGCAGGGCCAGCUCUGCACGGUGCUCCUGGCCAGCAUGGGCCGGGCCGUGUUCCCCACCUACACCGUGAGCAGGAGCACCCGGGUCUUCCAGGACAGAGACGAUCUCAUCAGGUAUGCAACUGCUGCUCAUCUGUCAUAUGAUAUAGUCACUGCAAUGGUAAAUGGGCACUGGGAAGAAGCUCAUAAUCUAUAUUUGUGUGCUAAACAAACCUGGAGCGAACUGAAAAAUCACCCCUCUUUAAGCUAUCACAGAGUUUUACCGGAGUAUCUGCGACGUUUCACGGUGGGCUGGGUGUACACAAGAAUCCUUUCUCACGGUGUUGAAAUUUUGCAGAGACUUCACAAGUAUAAGGAGGCCGUGCAGGAGCUGCAGACCCUCCUGGCUCAGGAUGUGUACUGUGCUGACAGCAGAGGGAGAUGGUGGGACCGGCUGGCUCUCAAUCUACAUCAGCACCUGAAAAACACUGCCAAGGCCGUGGGCUGCAUUAGGAAGGGGCUGGCAGACCCCUGUGUCCGCACCGGGCACCGUCUGUCCCUCUACCUGCGGGCCCUGCGCAUCAGAGACUCGCCGAGCUGCAGGCAGGUCAGGGGCCUGCUCCAGGAGCUGCCAGUCAUCCCUGUGCAGGAUGUGCCACAUGUUACAAUCAAUGGAAAGAUGUGUCCUCAGACGGGAAUGGGAAAAUCCGUAUUUCUCAUGGAGGAUGUUGGUGAUGAAGAAGGAGGCGAAGGCUGCAGUGUAUCCACAGUCAUGUGCUCAGUUGAGGAGCUGGCAUUAACUCAUUACAGGAGGAAUGGUUUUGAUCAGGGUAUUCAUGGGGAAGGCUCAACGUUUCUUACACUGUAUGGGAUUCUAAUGUGGGAUAUCAUUUUCAUGGAUGACAUACCUGAUGUUUUCAGAAAUUCCUAUCAGACGUCCCCCCUGGAUUUGUACACUGACAGCUUCUAUGAGAGCAGGAGGGAUGUCAUCGAGGCCAGACUGCAGCAGCUGCACUCAGCCUCCCCAGAGACACUGGCAAAGUUGAUUGCUGACGUCUGGACCACUCAGGAGGGGAAAGCAGCAGCACUAGUGAGCUGGGGACGUUUUAUUUCCCUCCAGCAAGCCCAGAGCCUUGUCUCCUGCCUUGGAGGAAUGUUCCUGAGCGGGGUUUUCAGGCGACUGUCCAAAGACCUGCGCCACUGCCGGGGAGGUCUGCCUGACCUGGUGGUGUGGAGCACACACACACAGCACUUCAAGGUACCUUGGGAGGGCAUGGAAAGACUCAGUGCUCAGGUGGGAACUGCCAGCUGUCAGCCCAUCCAAACUGUGCCCUCCUGUUGUGGUGCAGGUAAAGCUGCUGCUGGGCUGCCAGCAGCCACGGCCAGCAGUGGGUGGUUCUCUGCUGUUUCAUCCCACUGUGCUGUAACUUCAAUGGGCAUAAUCAGAAUCAGCAGGAAUAAACACUGGCUGUGUUGGUGCGGAAUAGAUCUUUGAUUAAAAUAAUGUAAAGCAGCUGUUAUCAAUCAGUCAGACCCACUGACUGUGGGUAGCAAGGAGGUCGACUGGCACCACUUAAAACAUGACUGUUUGAGUCUUCGACAACUAUGUCAGAGUCUGCCACAAAAACUGAGUAAACAGUCAUGGCUGGUGUUUUGCAUGGUAGAGGAAUAGGUACUAGAAGACUACUGGACAUCUCACCUGCUGAAGCAACUUGUUGUUUUUAUAAAAGAGAGCUGAAUAGCAGAAAUUAGUUCUCUGGAACACCUGAGUAAGUUGUGUCAGUCUCGGCUGGAACAGGUGAGGUUGCAGGUGCUUGAUUUUUGAGUAUGAGAGAUCUUCAUUCACCAGGGCCUCUGUGUUUUGGUGGCUAUUUACUAUGUAACAGCCAUAAAAUAAUGCUUAUUGUGUGGGAAUGAUGCUGCAGUUCCUGCCCAGGCACACUGGUAACUGUG